AUCCAUCUUAAUGGGACUACUUGCUUAACGUCCUACACAUCACCACACCAUAUUGUUCUCCCCCCUUCCCUCCCUCCCUACUCCGAUUCACCCUCACCGGCGAGAAUUGUACCCCUCGAGUUCCGUUCAGAGUCACGCCCCUCGAGUUCAUAUGGACUCAAUCUUCUUAUAAGGAACGAGUAAUAAAGAGAUUCAGGAAUUUCACAAGUUGAAGGCGAUGAUGGGAAGUUUACCGAUUAGCCGUCGAUUGGUUUUCAAGUUGCGUCAAGUUGGAAUCGGGACCCUUGGAUCGGCGAAGAGCAAGCUCCUUAUCUUAGGUUGCGUUGCGUUAAUUAUACUCGCCGUUUCGAACCGAAACCGCGACGGUUCUUCUUCGUUGAUUGGAUGGACUGGUGAAGUUGACCUCUCUUCUUCUCCAAGGGGAAGAUACUCUAUUGUAAUGAAUACUUGGAAAAGAUAUGAUCUCUUGAAGAAGUCGAUUUCCCACUACGCUUCAUGUCCAUUGCUCGAUUCAAUACAUAUUGUAUGGAGUGAGCCUGAUCCUCCGUCGGAUUCGCUUAAGAGAUACCUUAGCCAUGUUAUGCGGUUGAGCUCUAGAAAGGAUCAACAAGUUGAGCUGGUGUUCGAUAUCAAUAAAGAAGAUAGCUUGAACAACAGAUUUAAAGAAAUUAAGGACUUGAAGACAGAUGCUGUUUUCUCGAUUGAUGAUGACAUUAUAUUCCCUUGCUCUUCCGUAGAGUUUGCUUUUACUGUUUGGCAAAGUGCCCCAGAUACAAUGGUGGGAUAUGUCCCGCGUAUGCAUUGGGUAGAUCAAAAGAAAGGAAAUGAUAAAUACAGAUAUGGUGGAUGGUGGUCAACUUGGUGGACUGGUACAUACAGCAUGGUACUCUCAAAGGCUGCCUUCUUCCACAAGAAGUAUCUCAAACUUUACACUGAUGAAAUGCCAGCAUCAAUUAAAGAAUACAUAACAAAGAACAGGAAUUGUGAAGAUAUCGCCAUGUCAUUUCUUGUCGCGAAUGCAACUAGUUCUCCUCCCAUAUGGGUGAAAGGGAAAAUAUAUGAGAUCGGUUCAACUGGCAUUAGCAGCUUGGGGAGUCAUGGUGAAAGAAGAACAGAAUGUAUUAACAAAUUCGUCGAUGAGUUCGGACGAAUGCCCUUAGUUCCAGCUAAUAUGAAGGCUAUCGAUAGCUGCAACAGUUGGUUUUGGUGAUGCUUGAGAUUCCAUGGUUCCAAAUUUGCCACUCAUUUAUAGCACAAUCUGCAGGUUGAGAUCAAUCCAACACUUGUUUUGAUUAUCCCGAGUUUGUAUAAUAUUUGAAUUUUGAUGUACGCUUGAUAUGUUUUGGAGAUAACCUGUAUUUGUCCUGAUUUUUGUACUUUCUUACCGUGUCAUGUUUAACUACACGGCAUUUCACCAUUUUAGAUUAAUCAUUUUAGUGUU